ACAAUACCAAUUGGGCUAAAACUUUAUCUGGAGCUUAUUGUGUAUUAAUAGCUGUAUACGUAUACUUCCUGUUAAGUUAAUUUGUGUGUCAUGAGUGGUUAGCUGCGUGAAUAGAUAUGUAUUGAAUAACAAUCUUAUCAGGCCACAGUGUGUACAUUGGCAGUGAGGUGAUCAGAUUACGGAGAUUUUGACACGUACAUUUCUCUUUAGUUGUCUGUUUUCUGAAAUUUGUUGUAUUGAAUUUAUUCUAUUUCUGGCUAUUUACAAGGAUUUUUUUCCACGCUACUCGUUUGAACUGUGUACAUGAUGAAAUAAACACGAAAUAAAGUGAAUUUCAAAUAAAUGCACACAAUCUUGUGCGUUCUUCGUUAUGGCGACCACGGUUUUGUCUUCUUUCCUUAAAGAAUCUGACUCAGUUCUGGAUUAUUGUUGUACUUCGUGUGAAGAAGACAGUAGUUGUAUCGUGGCAGAGUUUUUCUGUGAAAAGUGUGAGAAAUUUUACUGUGAAAAAUGUAUCGCGCCACACAAGCAACUGUUUAGAACGCAUGCCACAUAUGGUCGAGCAAAUGUGGAAAAAUGGCCUGUUUCGAAGGCAACUACGGACAUCUUAGAGAAAUGUGAAGACCACGUUAAUAAAGGAUUGAAACUGUUCUGUGAGGAUCACCAUCAGCUCUGCUGCAGUACCUGCGUGCUCCUUAAUCAUCGGCAGUGUAGCAAGGUCAACCUUAUUGCUGAAUCAGCCAAAACCUGUGGUUCAGAAGACUUCAAUCAGUUAUUGUCAAGCAUGAAAUCAAACCUUCAGGAACUGAAUAAACUGCAGAACUCAAGACAAAACACCAUCCUAUCUCUACAGGAGUCGUAUGCAGAACAGCUACAUGCAAUACGAGAUAUGUACAAGAAACUAAAAGCUUCUUUGAAAGAACUCGAAGAGAAGACAAUAAAGGCCUUGGAUGAUUUGAUGGAUAAACUAAAAAGUGCCCUCACUACCGAUGUUGACCACUGCACACGGCUAAAAGACAAGCUCAUGCGCCUCAGCGAAGCCGUUCUGGACCUUGGUGAUAAGGAAAAACAGGAUCUGGCCUUUAUUGGCAGAAUAAAAUGCAUGGAAAUGAUACAGCAGUCGGAAACAUAUAUGAACGAUAAUAAUUGUACGAUUGAACAUGUUAUAAAACUUGUUCCAAACGCUAGCAUAGAACAAUUUCUGACAAAACAGUCAACACUGGGAGUACUCAUACAUCCAAACACGGCGAUAUUUGUGAAGGGAAAAACGGAGUAUGAUGUGAGUAUAUUUGAUGAUUCUAGUAAUCCAUGUGAUAUUGAAUGCAUAGUUCAGGUUUCCAAUGGCCACUUUGUAGUCGGAGACUGCAAACACAACAGCAUUAAGCUAUUAGAUCAGCAUUUCAAAGUAAAAAGCCACUGUGCUGUGUCUGAUGGUCCGAGAGAUAUGUGUCAAAUCACUUCUAGCGAGGUUGCGGUUGGUUUUUACACAGGUGAGGUGCAGUUUAUAUCUUUGAACAAAGAACGACUGGCAAAAGACAGGGCAAUGCAGUUACAACAUAAGUGCAUUGGGAUUGCUUUCCACCUUGCCAAACUAUACAUAACAUCUGGAACAGCUCUGUACCAGUACACGCUGUCUGGCUCGGAAGGGAUCAUGUUGCAUGAGGAUACACCAGGUUCAAAUACAGUAACUAAGUGUGCGGUGAGUCCGACUGGCGACAUGAUCUUCGUCACCAACAAUGAAAAGCACAAGCUCCUCACACUUGCCAAGUAUGGGACUCUUCUCUCUAGCUUCGGCGACCCUGAACUGCAAGGUACGUGGGGUGUCCAUGUGACCCCUGUGGGGCAGGUACUAGUGUGUGGAUACAGCUCCAAAAAUAUACUGCAGUUGGAUAGCGAAAGCAAGAAGAAGCUAGCUACAUUGGUAACAGAGAAAGACGGACUGGAAGGCCCUCCUCAGACAGUCAUUUUAAACAGCAUUAGUAACUAUAUGAUUGUGGGACAGUUCGACAAAGACAACUUAUUGGUAUUCGGAGUUAAAUAUUCACAAUAGAGUUUAUAGUGAGGUACUAUAAAUCUUACUCUUAAACAUUUUUGCACUUUCGAUUUGUAUCACACAUUUCUACUAUAUAUUUUAUAAUGAAGUAUUGCCCCAGUUUGUAUAAUUUUUGCAAAACUGUAAGACUGUUCGAAAAGUACAUUUGAACUCUCUUAUCUGUAAGAAAUCAGAAAAUCGUUGGCGACAAAUUGCAGUUUACCUUUGUAUGCCCCCGUUAAUGUGGCAUAUAGUAAUUUUUAAUUAUUUUUUUUAUAUCAAUAACGUCCAGAUAUUUACCUGAUUUUUGGUUUGUGAGUCUACCUGCAUACAUAACAGAUUAAGUUCAGUUUCGUUCCGGUCCAUUGAUUUGUGGCCAUGUAACGUCCAUGUCGUCUCGUAAUAGUAGUCCUAGUCAGUUCUUGGUGUUAUUUAACGCCAAAUACUCAACUGUUGAUUUAAUAAGAUAUGUAACAUAUUGUAUAAAUUGAAAAGUCAUGUGUCCAAAGCGAUUGUCAGAAAUUUAAUAAUACAGCUUUAUAUAAUAAUUAAGUGCUUAAUACAUAUACAUUUGAUAUAUUUUAAAAAUAAAAUGCUGAACGUUUAGCGUAUUUAUUAGCGAGUACCAGUUAAAUAAAAAUAAAGAGUGUACGGUAGUAUAUGGAACAACACAAUUUAAACAAGCCUUUUCGUUUGACCACAGCGGGCUUAAAUAAUGUAUCCGAAAAUACAAACAAUACAGAUUCAUAAUAUAAAAUGUUAUGUAUUUAUAUAUCAUAAUCACUUAUAAAGAGAUUUCGAUAAACAGGCACAGGCAGUACGAUGUGCACCACGUCCGCUUUUUUCACAUGUAUAUAAUGCUUAAAUAUUGUCAUUCACUGUAAAAAUACAAUAAAUGUAAAAUAAAACUAACUGAUCUGUGUU